CCACUCUCACAAAACCAGGACCCCGUACACUUCCCUCCGAAAUCAGCCACGUACAUUUCACUAAACGCGUAACUUAGAAUAAACAAAUGUUCUGUCCAGCUGGAGCGUAGUGCGCACCCAACUCAUCGUUACUCUUUUCUUUCAAUUCAAACUCAAAUACCCAGCCCGAACUGCCCUCUCUAGAUCUCAGCCCUCAGCCGCCCGGCCUCUCUCUCCGUUUAUCUUGAUUGUACUAUUUGAUUGUCGGCGUUGCAAUUCAAUUAUACGCCUAAAAAUGGAAACUAAAUUCAGACUCACUAAGCUCGCUUUGCCUUGACUUCCUAUUUAAUUCAAAUCUUCUGCUUUCUCUAGGUUUUUAAUGUCCGGCCAUGUGAUUUAGCAUCCACCAAAUCAGAUGGCCUCGAUCCGCCGAACUCUUUCUCCACCGUAUCACGAUCGUUCCUACCAAAAUGGUUUCAGCUCUACAUUUCCAGCCGCUAAUUCACCUUCUCACAGGCUCUUACAUAAUGGUAAAUAUUCCUCAUCGCCAAUGAACUCACUCACCGUCAACCUCUGUCGAUUCUUUUCAUCUCGUAAAUCAUGGAGAAAAUCUCUCUACCGGUUUCUUCUAUUCUUCCUGGUCGGUGUUGUGUUAGGCAUGAGUCGUUUGACACCCUUUGGUCACGUGACGGAGAUUGAAAAUCACGACGUGUUUUUUGAGAUCAAGCCGCCGCACGUGAACGUGCAAUUUGACAGUGAUAACACCGAGCGUAUGAGCUGGCGUGAAGAAGUCGUUCUGAAUACGGUGAGUUUCGGAGUAGAAAAGAAAAACGAAUCCGAAUCGAUUGACAAUUACAAAUACAGAUACGAUUUCGUAUCGAGAAAGCAAUUAAUUGUGAUAACACCAACGUACAACCGCGCAAUGCAAGCGUAUUUUUUAAACAGAUUGUCGCAGGUUUUGAGGCUUGUACAGCCGCCGGUGCUGUGGAUAGUGGUCGAGGAAAAUGCGGCGUCGUUUGAGACAGCGGAGAUGCUGAGAAAAACAGGGGUUAUGUAUAGACACUUGGUUUGUCAAAAGAAUUCGAGCAAUGUGAAAGAUAGGGGGGUUCAUCAGAGGAAUGUGGGUUUAGAGCAUAUCGAAAGGCAUAGACUUGAUGGGAUCGUGUAUUUUGCAGAUGAUGAUAAUGUCUACACCAUUGACUUAUUUGAGAGCCUGAGAGAAAUCAGCCGAUUUGGCACUUGGCCUGUUGGCAUGCUUGCGCAAAGCAAAAACAAGGCAAUUUUAGAAGGUCCUGUAUGCAAUGGAAACCAAGUUAUUGGGUGGCACACAAAUGAGAAGAGCAAAAGGCUUCGUAGGUUUCAUGUUGAUAUGUCCGGAUUUGCUUUUAACAGCACUAUCUUGUGGGAUCCUAAGAGAUGGGAGCGCCCUUUUCGAAAUCCCAUUCGGCAGUUAGACACAGCGAAGGAGGGUUUCCAAGAGACCACAUUUAUAGAACAAGUGGUGGAAGAUGAACGCCAGAUGGAAGGUACACCACCGGGUUGUUCAAAAAUAUUGAGCUGGCACCUUCAUUUGAACACGCGCAAUCUUGCUUAUCCCAGAGGAUGGCUGCUUCAGAAACACCUUGAUACUGUUCUCCCCAUUAAUUGAUGUGACUGCAAUUCUGCAAUUUUCAUGCAGCCUCAGAUGGCCAUUGUUUUUUGUUUCUGUGGCCAGUCCUCCUGAGCAAUUGUUGCUUCAUGUGUGCUACAAAUGGGACACAGCCACUCAGCUAGGUAGUAAUGACAAAGAAACAGAAAUUUAUGAUUGUACAUGUACAAUUUUCAUAGCUUGAUAUUCUUUCACAAGUGAGAUUUUGUACUAGUCGAGAAGUGCUGGUGUUUAGUUUUGGGGCGUUUUAAUUGCUCUAUCUCACAAAACUAAACACUGCAACUCUAGAAAAUUGAAGGUUUUCUCUCUGAGCAAUGUCGUGAAAUCAGCCUUUACUCUUAAGUUCAAUCAAAUCAGGAAAAGCCAACUUGCCGUGCAAUUGAAAAAAUUUCAGAUUCUUACA